GUAGUUUUAUUGUGUUCUCUUGUUUACUCAAUGGCUACUACAAAAAAAUUGGAAAGUUUGGAGGGCAUAAUUCACAAACCUAUUCGAAUUUGAGAGAGUUUUGAGCAAGGUAUUUAAAACCAGCAUCUAAUAGAUACUGAGACUGUACACUCAUGAAGAGAGAGAAAAGAAAUGCAGUAAAUAAACAAGAAAGAGACCGGUAACUGGUGGACUUGGAUAUGACCCUUUUUAUUAUUCGAAUAGACCAUAUAGAGAGAGAGUAUGCUAUGAGAAAUAGAGGCUGAUAGGUGCUCAGAGGGCUUUCUUGGGUGACUGGAAACAAAGACAUGCUAAUUAUUGGCUUGUGAGGAAGCUAUACAGGAACACGGUUCUCGCUUCUCCGGUCCUUUCUGUAUACACCACUAAUUGCACUGUGAAGUGCUCAGUGUCUCUUAUAGGAUGCGCAUAAGUCACACGCACGCCCAUUCUGACACACACACACACACAUAUAUAUAUAUAUAUAAACAUAAUAUACAGGAUAAAUAUGAUGUGAGCCAUUUAUUUGCGUUGCAAAUCAACGAUAAUGAGUCGUUUGAUAGUAAAGGGCAACAAUCGAGUCGUUUUGCUGCUUUCAGCGUGGAGUCAAUAGCGUAAAGACGAUGUGUCAACAGUGGCCCCUAGCGGUUAAUGAGAGUAAUACACAGAGACAACAGAAGAUCGGCUUGCAUUGACCAUUUUAACAUUGUAAGGAGAGCGACGUUAAUCAUUUGUAAGUUUUUAAUGAGUUUUUUUUUUACUUUAAAAUUAUUUAAAAAUAUUUGAACUAUCUACUCAAAUUUGGACAUAUCUGUGCAAUCUUCAAUAUGUUAAAAAUCCUACGUAAAUUCAGAACAUAUGCAUGAAUUUCCUGUAGCCUACUUACAUUAGGUUAUAGCAGUUUUUCUUUCAAUGCAGACAAUUUAGAUUGAAGCCGUUAAAGGGUAAGAUUCAUUUACAUAUAGCCAAAGACUAUAAAGGGACUUUAGCCUAAUAAUAAUAAUAAUAAUAAUAAUAAUAAUAAUAAUACAUUCUUUAUUCAUCUCCUUCUAAUUAUUUAUGUUGUCAAGGUUUUAGAGACAGAAAUGCAUACUAUUAAUUCUCCUUUAAUCAUCAGCUAUCACAAUGAAUGACAGUAGCUUAAUAAACAUAAUAAAACAUGCCUUAAUGACAAUAUAAAAGAUUUCACAAUGGAUAGAAUUCAGUAACAAAAACAACUUAAGUCAAUAGCAAGUAAUCUAUAAUAGAAAACAUGUAUUGUGUGUGUGUGUGUGUGUGUGUGUGUGUGUCUAUCUUUCUGAUUUUUUUGAAAGCAGGUUCAUUACGGGAUUAAAAAUAAAUAUUUUUUUUUCUCACAUAAAAAUGGCAUAAUUAUAGGAUUACAACUCAUUUAUAGCAACAAAUGUCAAUGAGAAGGAGAAAGGGGGCUAUGCAUGCUGACUGUCCAUGCAUGCGUGUUGUUUAGCACCUGCCACAAACACACUCCUGCGCUCCUGUUUUAGCCUGUGUGGCCAUUGUCCUGACAUAAAGGAGUAUGAAGUGCUUCAGGUGCCAAAAACAGGUGUUUAAAGAGAGAGAGAGAGACUAAGAGAGAGAGAGGGAGAGAGAAGGUUCUGCUUUAGCCAAAUUCAGACUCAUUACACCGGACAGGGUCUGCAGGUAAGCCACAUACAUACUCUUACUUCUCUAUUAUCUACUGAUCUGUUAGUUUAAUCGAAUUUGGUGUUCAUUAGUAGUGUAGACUAUUAUCUGCUAUAUUUUAUUUUUAUUUUUUUACAUGACUAUAGGGGUUAUAGAGGAUGUUGUGUAUUAAAGAGCCUGUCACAGGAGAGAUGGUUUAUAACAGCACAGCACAGCACAUUAUAUAGUACUCAUCGAUCAAACAAAAUAGCAUUUUACACAAAUAGACAACAAAAAAGGAUGGAUAAGCAACACAGAGGCUCUCAGACUCUCAUAGAUUACACAAAAUUGUCUGCAACAAUAUAAUAUCUAGUGAACAUCUAUUCGUUUUAAACUGGACAGUUUAAUCAUAUCAGAGAUGAGUUAUAUGUUUGCAUCUUCAAGUCCUCUAUAAAUCUCUGCUUGUUUAUGCAUCUUGUCUAUUUGGGCAUUAUAUUGAUUUUUGCCAUCUAAAAGCCUAACUAAAAGCCUCUUGAUGUCACUGAAGCGUCUCAGAUCCAAGUAUUGUGCUCUCUGCAGGCUGAUCAGAUUUCUGGGGCAGUAUAGUGGAGGUUCUAAACCCCCUGAAGAUGUAUGGCCUGUAUUUGGAAGCGGUAAAUGACUACAUUAAUGAAUCAUAUGGAGAGGACGUAUGGAGGCUAAUCGAGGCCAGAGCGGAGAUCCCGCACCUCAAAUUUGUUCGACACCAGAUGUACAAUGAUAAUCUGAUUUUAAGAUUGGCAAAGGCAGCUGGAGAGGUUUUGGGGAAAACUCAUGAUGAGCUGAUGUAUGCUUUCGGGGUCUACAUGGUCAAGCGGAUAGGAAACUAUGGCUAUGAGAGGAUCUUAAAGGUACUGGGGCGCAAUGUACGAGAUUUCAUCAAUGAGCUAGAUAACCUGCAUGAGUACUUCCGUUUCUCCUUCCCAAAAGUCCAGCCGCCCAGUUUCUGUGUAGAGGAAGAAUGUGAGACGAGUCUUACCCUGCACUACCGUUCAACCAGGAAAGGAUUCACACAGUUCGUCAAAGGGCAGCUCUCUCAGGUGGGCCGACAGUUUUACAACACAGACAUUGAGGUGGAGAUUCUGUCUAAAGAGGAAACAGAGAAAAUGACAUAUGUGGUGUACAAGAUGAAUUUUGACAAUGCUGCAUUUAAGCACCGUAUGCCCCAGCAGAAAACAGCUCCAGGCUAUGAGAAACUGCCCAUGAAGCGAGGAAUCUUUUUUGACAUGUUCCCCUUCAGCGUGAUAUUCCGUAGGGACAUGACCAUGUAUCGGAUCGGAGACGGUUUGAAAGAGGUGUUUUCUGAUCUGCAGGGCAAAAAGGUCAAUGAGGAGUUUACCCUGGUGCGACCCAUGCUGGAAUUCAGCUGGGAUAAUAUCUACACCCACCUCAACAAUGUGUUUGAACUGCUGUCUAAGGCUGUGGUAGAGAGCAAACAGAAGGUCAACAUCCCUAAACUCAGCAAAGAAGAACCAGAAGAGAAAGAGGAGAGUGAAAAACCCAAGAAGGAAGAGAGAGAUAUUAAAGUGAUGGAGGAAAUGAAGGGGACAGAUCAGGAAUACAGCAGUGCUCUAACUCAGUACAACAGCUCGGCUAAUUCUGGGGGAGAGGACAUCGAGCUGCUGGCUUUUCAGACUGUUACCGGCAAGUGCAGUGAAACCAUAUUUGAAGACAUGCGGGAGCCCCCUAAAAAGCCUCUCCACCUCAAGGGCCAGAUGAAGUAUGUCCCUCAAUGGGACUCCCUCAUCUUUCUAGGAACUCCCAUUAUUGAGACAGUGGAGGACAUGAUAAAAAUGGGUGUUUACGUCAAUGAUUUAAACCUGCACGACUCCAGCAGAGAGCUCAUCCUGGCAGGAACACAGCAAUCAGCCGAGCUGCAACUGGCACUUGACCAGGAGCAGCAGAAGUAUGCACAGCUGCAGGAGAUCAUUAAAAAGCUGGAUGAGGAGAAGAAGAGAGGAGACUCCCUGCUGUACGCCAUGAUCCCCAAAGCAGUGGCAGACCGACUGCGCAAGGGAAUCACAGCACUGGAGACAUGUCAGGUGUUCCCGGACGUGACCAUCCUGUUCAGCGAUGUGGUGAAGUUUAAUGAGAUCUGUAUCCACAUCACCCCCAUGCAGGUGGUGGACAUGCUAAAUGAGAUCUACAUCGUUUUUGACACACUCAGCGAAAAGCACAAUGUUUACAAGGUGGAGACCAUUAGGGAUGCCUACAUGGUUGUUGCAGGUGUGCCCAAUAAGACCACAUUCCAUGCCCACCACAUCUGUGACAUGGCUCUAGACAUGUUGAGCUCCAUCGAUCACCUAAAAGACCCCUCCACUGGGGACAACAUCCAGAUCCGUGUCGGUAUUCACUCUGGAAUGGUGGUCGCAGGUGUGGUGGGUCUGAAGAUGCCCAGGUAUUGCCUGUUUGGAGACACAGUAAACACGGCUUCUCGGAUGGAGUCUAAUGGUGUGGGCAUGCAAAUCCACAUCAGUCAGACCACCAAAGACCAUCUGGAGCAUGAACCAUACAUCAUCGAGGAACGAGGAAAGAUUUUUGUUAAGGGUAAAGGUUAUAUGAAGACAUACUGGCUAAAAGGAAAGAAAGAUCUCUCAUUUAAGACUCCAGCAGAGCUCAGAUACAGCAAUGAGCAGAAAGACUCGGAAGACAGAAGCUCAAAUGGUUCCACUUGCACCAACAGCAAACAUUCCCCAUCAAACAUGAACACCCCCAAUGAGGAGCAGGCUGAGAGCAAACCCACUCCCACUGACCUUCCCACUGACCUGCCCCCUGACACCCUACCAGCACUAGAGGGAGCUCCAGACCCAAACACAUUCACCAAUGAGUCCCAGGACAAAGAAAAGGUUAAAAAGACAAAGAAUAACAAAGGAGGGACGGCAGAGAACGCUUCUGCUAAUGCGCAGGAAAGCACUCCCCCUGCUGGCAGCGAGGAGAAUGCAGCUCCAGAGCUAAACAACAAAAAGCACAGUUUCAGAAACCAGUACUCACGAUUACCAGCUAACCUCCCCAUGCGAAGCACAGCCUGCAAUCUGCUGUGAAUAGCCAGGAAAGAUUGAUGAUAAAAUAGUAUUUAUUAUAUAACAGAGAGAUCAUAUCAGUUCUACAAUGGUCAGAAAACUGCAUUUGUGGCAGCAAAUUCUGGGAUUAAAUUAAAUGUGAAUGAAUGAACACAAGCACAAAUCAUGUUUUGAUGCAGACUUCAUUUAGUUGUGCCAUAAAACACAGGUAAUUAAAUUAUAUGAAUCACAAUAAAAGUGGACGUCCGAAGCCUGGGUAUCACAAAGUAAGUGCAGUUCGGCUGCUAUAGUACUUCCUCUUUAAAGAGUUUUAAUAAUUGUAUUAGAAUGUUUUAUUAAUAUCAGCACAUGUGAUAUGUUAAAAUCUAUCUGUAUUGAGUAUAUUAGCAUGUACAGUUACAGCAUUUAUGUUAAACUUUAGAGAGGUUCACUGUGAUACAUGUGCUGAAUACCUGUAUUCAUUAAGUUACUGACAAAAAAAGAGUUUGUUGUACAUCUUAUAUGUUAAAUGUGAUUGUUUACAGCUUACGUUUGGUUUUAUUGUUUGAGGAGCUCUGUAAUAUUGCUGUGAAACACAUACUUUGCUCAAGUAAUAGCAAACACAUCAGAUAAAACCAAGUGACCUAAAUAAAACAUGUGAACAUGCACUCACCCGAAGACAUACACCUACAUUUAGACAGGCCUACACACACACACACACACACGUAAACACACUGAGAGACAAGAUAAACCAGGAAACAAACAUUAGCAUGACAUACUGACUACUUGAACUAUUUCUGUCUCUUAAGCCACAAAUAAAAUCCAAUAAUAUCACUUCAAACUCUGCUUAGAGACAAAAAAGGAAGAACACAAAUGAUAUAAGCAAAUGUAACAGAAAUCUGGAAAUGUAAGAGGGGCUCUUUUUUUUUUUACCAGAUUAAGACAGUCAUGACAUUUACAUUAUCACAAAUAUCACAAAAUACAUUAAACUCAUUACACUGUAGCUAACUGGAUAUUCAUUGUUUUAUCUCUGAAACACAUUACAGACUUGCACUCACACAACAUGUCAGAUAUCAUUCAGUGAUAAAGAGGAAGCCAUCAGGAAACCACUUAAGCGACACUUCCUGUCUGUUGUCUUGGAGACGAGCUUAAUUCUUACUUUGCCUGAAUGCUCUUAGCUUUGCAGAAAAACACAAAUGUCAUGUUUUCAAUUUCAAACUCAUACAAAUGGAGAAGAAAACUAUUGUAACUUAAGGUUUCA